GCGAAUUCGAAGUCGAAAUCGGCUCUUGGACAGGAGGUCCAUAAGAAAAGCAGAACUGGGCGUGUGGACAAAUGUAUUUUCAUACUUGGCCAGACCUCAUAAGCCUCAAGCAAGAUUGGUCGUGUUUUGGUGCCAUCUAGAGUUUGAUGUCUACUAUAGUUGGGCCAUUUUGGGCCACUUUCGCAUGGUAAAAGCCAGCCUGGUUCUGUAGUCCACCGAGUCUUCAGUAAAACAAUGGUUGGUAAAGGCUCAGAAUCCUAGGGGGUCUAGACGGGGUGCCUAUUCGGUCACGCACGAGGGCACUCCUUAAGCCUUAAGCGGUCGCGAACUAAAAACCAUCUGUAGAUCAGCCAGCCCAGAACCAUCCAGAACCUGUGUCAUGGCAGGUUGCACGUGUAAGACCCGUAUGUUCAUGUUGUAGAUCAGCAUGAGUUCCAGCUGCCGCCUCCAGCCGACUCGGUGAAGCAAGUUGGGCUCGGGCUCGCAGAGGGUGAAGACUUUGGAGUGAUGGAUGUGCAGGGAGAGAUGGAGAGAAGGGAGUCCAGCGUGGGCAGCGUCCAGUCCGACCUGGUCCAAGGUUCGGAGAAAGAGGAGUGCGAGGUGCGCCGGUGCCGCUCGGCGAUCCUCUACGAGGUGCCGCCAGACAUCGAGCACUCCCGAACUGCCAUGUGGAUUUUGAAGGAUGAUGAGGAUGACGAUGACACCGCGUUGGAUCCCUACGUCCGCUCCCGAACGGCGGUGGUGUUCCGCGGGGCAGGUGCUCAUGAAAGCGAGCCGCUUGAUGAGGGUGCCGAGCGCUCGCGGGAGGAGAUGAUCAUAGGUAGGCGGCGGCAACGGCCUUCCCGAACUGCCAUGUGGAUCGAGAAGGACCUGCCCAUGACGCCUGAACCGAGCUUCGAGCCCACUGGAAGCAAAGGCCUGUCUCGCAUCUUCAAUGCCAUCCGCGGAGCGUGAUGAGGCAUUCAGCCGGAGAACCUGUACAGAAAGGCCUUCUAUGCAGGACUUGGGACUCCGCACUUGUUGCGGCGGCGUUAGCCGCGGCGCGGCGUGAGCCGCGCUAUCGCGUAGACGCACGGGCGAAGGGGUGGCGAUCCCGACCCGUCACCCCUCUGCAGAUGUGCUGAAGUCUCAAGAUAUCUCAAGAAUUCUCGAGUGAAGCUCCUAAAAGCGCUGCAUUCCCAUGUUUGGAAACAAUCACCUGAACGGGUCAGCUAGGAUCAGAUUGACCACGGAAUUGUGCCAUGAGCACCCAACUUGCUGAAGCCUUCGUCCAGUUGCCGAAGCAAAUUAUCUUACAAGCAUCCAUCCAUCCAUCCAUGCAUGCAUGCAUCCAUCCAUCGUAACAUAACAUAACAGUGAUAAACCGCCCGCCCCUUGCCACUGGCCUUCUUUCAGACAGGCACGGCUUUUCACAGCACAAUGACAAGUGACAAGUGGGGUCCCUUUCCUACUUGCCUGAAGGCAUGUAAGUCUUUUGUGUUUCGGCACGGGCAACAAUCGUUCGCUGCUGAAACCCUUCGGCGCAUUUCAAGCAACUGACCUUGGGGCUGUGGGUCCCACUGAAACGCCC